CGCUCAUCAAUAAACUGCUACUCCAAUACACCACACACACGCACCCACCCACCCCCAUACUGUCAAACCACUUUUUCCUACAUAUAUAUUCCGAAGUGACUCCCGAGCUAUGGACUCGGGAGCCAUCUCCCAAUCACUCUCACGAGACUUCGUGAACCUCGAACCACAUACGAACGGCUUUACAAACGCUUCCAGUAUCGCAAACCUCUCCUACAAACCCAUGGACCAUCGCAGCGAAAGCGAUCUGUCUGACAUCAAUGACGCGCCUGGUGAGGCAUACAGCUCAGAAGAGGACCACCGUCAAUCUGUCGCAAAGCAGGAGGAAACGCCUGAUGCAGGAGUCGCUUCAUCCGAAGAUGAGGAUGCUGAGGGCGAGGAUGAUGCCGAUUACGACAUGGAGUCACCGAGCCCAGAGCCUCCUGUGGCUGAGGCUCACAGCCCAGCAACUUCAGAGGACUCACGACGAUCCAUGAAACGGAAAGCUACUGAUGAAGAUGAUGAAGACCACAUGCGAAAUAACCCUGAGUUGUUCGGUCUUCGACGUAGCGGCCGGGCAAACCAACGUCGUCGAGUGGUCGACAGCAGUGAUGAAGACUCAGGAUCUGAUGCUGUCAGUGGUCCAGCCCGUAAGAAGCGUCGACCUACAGCUCCUGCCAGAGUCUCCAAUCAUGCAACACCUGUAAUGCACUCUACUGCAGAUUCAGAUUCAGAAUCAGAUGAUGUGUACGUCAACAACAAGAAGCACAUCCUCACAAAGAAACAACGACGACGCCAGAUGCAAGUGGCUGCAGGUCUCGCACCCCCAUCGCAAGCCGAAGUACGAUUCUCAACUCGAAGGGCUGCCAAAGUCCAGACAUACAACGAAGAUGAGGAGGACCCAUUGAGUGAGCUGGAAUCUGACGCGUUGACACCUAACUAUUGGGUCAACAACCCCGAACAAGAUUCUACUGGUGUCGAUGUCGUCCUCAAACACCGACUGAAAGAAGGCGUUGGAAAAGAGGACCUGGUCUCUAAACAGUCCUACGAAUUUAAUAUAAAAUGGAACGGCCGCGCUCACUAUCAUGCUUCAUGGGAAACAUUUGCAAGCCUCAAUGGCUACCGCGGCUAUCGCAAGCUCGAAAACUACUGGCGCAAGAUCGUCAUGGAAGAAGUACGCAUACUAGAAGACCCUGACGUCUCUCUGGAAGAAAAGGAGGCGUGGCAUCUGGACCGCGAACGUGACGCGGACAUGCUCGAGGACUACCAACAAGUAGAACGCGUAAUAGGAAUUCGUGAUGACGGAAACGAUACGGAAUACUAUGUGAAAUGGAAAGGACUGCAAUACGAAUCGAGCACGUGGGAAGACGCGAAACUCAUUAGCGAACUAUCGCAGAAAGAGAUAGAUCGAUAUUUGGAUCGUUCAAGCCAACUGCCGGUCUCGAAGAAAUCCGAAUCCGCAGUCGCAACACGCAAACCUCAUCAAACAAUCAAGACACAGCCGGACUAUAUCAAGCAUGGAGAGCUUCGAGAGUUCCAGCUUCGUGGCAUCAACUUCUUGGCAUAUCAUUGGUGCAAGGGCAACAAUGUCAUCCUCGCUGAUGAGAUGGGUCUAGGCAAGACCGUCCAGACUGUAUCCUUUAUGAAUUGGCUUCGCCAUGACAGAGACCAACAAGGACCUUUCCUCGUCGUCGUACCCUUGUCAACUCUUCCAGCAUGGGCCGACACCUUCAAUAACUGGACUCCAGACCUCAACUAUGUUGUAUACAACGGCAACGAACCCUCUCGCAAGAUCAUCCGCGAGUAUGAGCUCCUGGUCGACAACAAUCCCAAGAGAGUCAAGUUCAAUGCCCUUUUGACUACAUAUGAGUUCAUCCUCGCCGAUUCUUCGUUCCUGUCCCAAGUCAAGUGGCAAUUUCUUGCCGUCGACGAGGCACAUCGUCUGAAGAACAGAGACUCUCAACUCUACCUCCGUCUGAUGGACUUUAAUGUUCCUAGUCGCCUCCUCAUCACCGGAACGCCAAUGCAGAAUACUCUCAGCGAACUAUCAGCACUCAUGGACUUCUUAAUGCCUGGCAAGGUGACCGUGGAGGAGGACCUUGAUCUACAAUCCGAAGACGCAAGUCGGAAAAUCAAGGAAUUGUCGGAUGCUAUCAGUCCUUACAUGAUACGCCGCACCAAGUCGAAAGUGGAGAAUGACCUUCCUCCAAAGACUGAGAAGAUCAUCCGCGUGGAACUUUCCGACAUCCAGCUGGAAUAUUACAAGAAUAUCCUCACCCGGAACUACACUGCUCUCAAUGCUGGUGUUAAAGGACCAAAGCAGUCACUGUUAAACAUCAUGAUGGAGCUCAAGAAGGCUAGCAAUCAUCCUUUCAUGUUUCCAAAUGUUGAGGAAAGGUUGCUUGAAAACGGCAACGCUCGCGAGGAUCAACUGAGGGCAUUGAUCACAAGCAGUGGCAAAAUGAUGCUCCUUGAUCAACUCCUGACGAAGCUCAAGAAGGACAAUCAUCGAGUGCUCAUCUUCAGUCAGAUGGUGCAAAUGCUUAACAUCCUGGGAGAUUAUUUGCAGCUUCGCGGUCACCAAUACCAGCGGCUUGACGGCACUAUCGCUUCUGGCCCCCGAAGAAUGGCCAUCGAUCAUUUCAACGCCCCAGAGAGCAAAGACUUUUGUUUCCUCUUAUCGACACGAGCCGGUGGCCUGGGCAUCAAUCUCAUGACAGCUGAUACUGUCAUUUUGUUUGACUCUGACUGGAAUCCGCAAGCUGACUUGCAAGCUAUGGCUCGCGCGCAUCGUAUUGGACAAAAGAAACCUGUUAGCGUUUACCGCCUGGUUUCGAAGGACACAGUCGAGGAGGAGGUACUCGAGCGUGCGAGAAACAAACUGAUGCUGGAAUUCAUCACUAUUCAGCGCGGUGUCACCGACAAAGACGCGACGGACUUCAGAGAGAAACUAUCACGUGCUGGACAUAGCACCGCUGAGCCCACAUCGUCAGAUGACAUCAAUCGUAUCCUCAAACGACGCGGCCAGAAGAUGUUUGAACAAACAGGCAAUCAAAAGAGGCUUGAAGAGCUUGACAUUGAUGCAGUCCUCGAGAACGCAGAAGAGCAUCAGACGGAACAGGCAACAGGCUUGACGUCCGACGGUGGUGAGGAUUUCCUUAAGAGUUUUGAGUACACGGAUGUGAAGAUCGAUCUCGAAUGGGAUGAGAUCAUACCGAAAGAGCAUCUUGACAUCAUCAAGGCUGAGGAAAAGAAGAAAGAAGACGAGAAAUAUCUCGCCGAAGUCAUCGAACAAAAUGCUCCUCGCAAGAGGAAAGCGCCCAGCGACGAGAGGGAACAGAGAGCUGCAAAGAAAAGAGCACGCCAGGCAGCGAUUGCGGCGGCAGCUGAAGACGCAUCUGACGACGACUCUGGUCCUGAUCAAGAUCCCAAUCGUCCCUUGAGCGAGAAGGAGACCAGAAAUCUGAUUCGCGCGUAUGAGAAGUGGGGCUCUCUCAGCGAAAAGGGCGAGGAAAUGGUCAAGGAUGCGAAACUUGUGGGCCGCAACAUCGAUCUUUUGCACGCGACCAUGAAUGAAGUUGUGGGAAUCAGCCAGAAACUCCUCAAAGAAGAGCAAGACAAGCUGGACGCUCUGGAGCGCGAAGCUAACAAGGUCCUGACCAAGAAGGACAGGAAGGCUGUUUUGUUCGACUACAGGGGUGUAAAGCGCAUCAAUGCGGAGACCAUCACUGAACGACCUCAUGAGAUGAGGAUGCUGAAAGAAGUGAUUGGAGCCGUGGCAGACCAUAAAGCGUUCCGAAUCACAGAGGCUUCAAAACCUGCCCAUUACACGUGCCCUUGGGGUGCGCGCGAGGAUGGCAUGCUCUGCGUUGGGAUAAUGCGACACGGCUAUGGUGCAUGGACAGCAAUCCGCGACGAUCCCGACCUAGCAUUAAAUGACAAGUUCUUCCUCGAAGAACACCGUGUCGACAAGAAAGAAGAACGUAACAAGGGCGAGGAAAAGAACGCCAAGUCCCCGGGUGCGGUCCACCUCGUGCGACGAGCCAACUACCUCAUGAGCGUCCUGAAGGAUAAGACCAGUAACGGUACGAACCUGGCUGCCAAACGGGCUCUCGAAAAUCACCACCGUAACAACAAGAAAUGGAGUCUUCAGAAGGGUCGGCAAGACAACGGAGCCAGUGUAUCAGCUAGCCCAGCUCCUCACAGCAACCGUAAACGCGAACCAGAGAAGUCUCGUCACCGAGCGCAGAGCAAUAGCGACCACCGAAAAAGUAUGGAUCGCCGCAUGAAUCAUCAUAGUGAAAGGAAUGGCACACCCGAGAUUCGACGCAAGCCCAGUGGUGAGACCAUGGAGCGGCCUCGACAGAGAGUGGUUGAGCGUACUCUUCCGCAGCACAAUCAUGGGAACGCCGUCCGAGGCAGCGGAGAGACGUCAACAUCAGAGAAAAAGGAGAAGGGCGAAAAGGCUGAGAAGGAGACAAGCAACAGUCAUGGCGGUGAUAAAGCCGUUGCGGUUCUCUUCACGCCAAUCCAAGAUAGGCUCAAUCGCCUCAAGGGGGCCACGAAACAAGGCACGCCUGAACACGAUCAGCGGCUCAAGAUCCUCAAGAUUGAGACUCUCCGGAUUGGAGAAUUUAUAACGGAACUCGUCAAGACGUCUUCUUCUGAGGCCUUGGAGGAUCGAUACUGGGCAUUCGUGGUGACAUACUGGCCAAACAAGAAGAUAUCGAACAUAGAGCUCAAGAAGAUGUACAAGCGGCUUCGAGACAAGGAACUCGAGAAAGACGUGGAGAAGAAGUCGGCGAUGAAAAGCAACGGCAGCAAAGAGGACGGACAGCCAUCCGCGGCGAUCUAGGAGUGGGGAAGCAUAUCACAGGCGUUUUGAUUAUCUUUUGAAAUGACGAGGCUUACUUAGCCCGCCGUUCAUGUGCCCUUGAAAGCAUAUCAUAGCAUGGUGUUUGGAAUGGUCAUCAGCAUACAGUGUUGUGACGGUCAGGUUGACUGGGCGGUGUAUAUCGGGCAUUUGCAACGGUUACUGUUAUCCAGGACAAAACGGGCGCAUGGGGGGGGUAGAUGAUCAGAGAGAACCAGAGAUUAGAGUCGGGCGCGUGAGAGCAACUCUUGUACCAAGAAUUGAACAGACAUCAGGAUUACUACAGCUCAAUGUUUGGUGCGAUGUAUCAUGUCUAGGAUGUGAAUAGUAAAAUAGGGGGGGUCACGAG